AUGGGCUCACUCGGCCUCCCGACCCCCUCUGGCGGGGCAUACAGCAUAAUGGAACAGCCCGCGCGCACCGGGCGCAACCUGCGCAUCAUCGUGAUCGGCUGCGGCGCCAGCGCAAUCAACUUCGCGCACGAGGUCGACACAAACACCGCCCUGGACCUGGACCUCGUCUGCUACGACAAGAACCCGUCGAUCGGGGGCACGUGGUUCGAGAACAGAUACCCGGGGUGUGGGUGUGAUAUUCCCAGUGUCAAUUAUCAGUUUUCGUGGGCGCCGAGUGCGGAGUGGAGUUGUUUCUACUCCUCCGCCCCUGAGAUCCUGCGGUACUUCAAGACUGUUGCGGAGGAGCACGGGCUUAUGAAGUAUAUGCGGCUUAGCUCGAAGGUCGUUGAUGCGAGGUGGAAUGAGGAGGAUAGUCAGUGGAAGGUUAAGAUUGAGAGGUUGGAUGGGCCGGCGAAGGGCGAGGUCUUUGAGGACCAGGCGCAUAUCCUGAUCAACGCUGGUGGCGUGCUGAACAAAUGGAAGUGGCCAGCCAUUCCAGGCCGCGAGACAUUCGCAGGCCCGAUGCUGCACAGCGCCAACUGGGACGACAGCAUCCAGCUCGAGGGCAAGAGGGUGGCAGUCAUUGGGUCUGGGUCCUCAGCUGUGCAGAUUGUGCCGAACAUCCAGCCAAGUACGCCAUCUUCUCUUCCGAAUGAUCGAUAUCUAACGAGCAUAGUUGUCGGAUCCCUCAAGUGCUUCAUCCGCAGCCAGUCCUGGGUAACAGCAAGCUUCGGCCAACGCUUCGCGGGCAAAGGAGGCACCAACUUCAAAUACACCCCCGAGCAAAAACACAUCCUGCGCACCGACCCGCACAAAUACCUGCUGUACCGCAAGAAGAUCGAGUCCGAACUCAACUCCCGCUUCCGCUUCAUCCUCAACGGCUCAAAAGAGCAAGCCGACGCCCGCGCCGCCGCUGAAAAAGACAUGCGGACUCGUCUGGCUAAGAAACCGCAUCUCGCCGACCUGCUCAUCCCAACAAACUUCGCCGUUGGGUGUCGGCGGCCGACGCCGGGCGCGGGGUACCUCGAGGCCCUGUGCGAGGAUAACGUGUCCGUUGUCUCACAGACGAUCGAGCAGAUUACGCCCAAGGGGAUUAGGACAGCGGACGGGGUUGAACAUGAGGUGGACGUUAUCGUCUGCGCGACCGGGUUCGACGUCAGCUGGAAACCGGCGUACCCGACCAUCGGGCGCGAUGGACGGAGUCUAGCGGAGGAGUGGAAGGAGAGGCCCAGCACGUAUCUCUCUAUUGCGGUGGAGGGGUUUCCAAAUUACCUGAUCUUCAACGGCCCCUACGGCCCCUACGGGCACGGCAGCUUCCUCCCCAUAACCGAGACCCUCUCGCGGCACUUCAUGCUCAUGCUGCGCAAGCUGGCGCAGGAAUCCAUCUCCACUUUCUGCGUCAAGGCCAGCGCCGUAUCCGACUUCGCGCUGCACAGACGUACAUUCCUCCCGCGGACGGCGUGGAACUCGCCCUGUCGCUCGUGGUUCAAGGGCGGCACGGUCGACGGCGAGAUCAUGAUGUGGCCGGGGUCGCGGAUCCACUUCUUUGAGACGAUGAGGGAGCCGCGCUGGGAGGACUAUGAGCUUACGUAUGUUGCUGGGAAUCGAUUCGCGUAUCUGGGGAAUGGGUUUGCGGAGCGGGAGACGGUGGGUGAUGGGAGGGAUUUGACGUGGUAUUUGGGCUUCGUUGAUGGGGUGGAUCGGCAGCCGGUUGAGGAGUUGAGGGAUGAGCGGUUUGCGGAGUUUAUGGUGCAGUAG